UGCUGAUUUCUCAGGCCUUGAGUUCUUUGCAAAGUCUGCAAUAUUUGCUACACCACACACUGUCAACUCAGCACACUUUUAAUUCCAAUGUGCUUAUAUUUCAGGAAAGGUGUGGCUCAUUGUGAUGAUCUUCCUCCGUGUCCUGAUCCUUCUUUUUGCUGGUUAUCCUCUCUACCAGGAUGAGCAAGAGCGAUUUGUAUGUAACACCAUUCAGCCUGGCUGUGCCAACGUCUCAAAUGGGCUCAACAUGGACCUGAGCUCCUCAGGUCCAAUCAAAACUAUGCAGUUGUACAAGAUUCACCAGGAGAUGUUCAGCAAGACGUCCGUAAACAAGAUGGCUCUAGGGGCUGACCGAGGGUGGGCACGAUGCUUCACAGGAGCCUACAUCCUCCAUUUGAUGUUCAGGACAUUGCUGGAGGCAGGGUUUGGGGCAGCUCACUACUAUUUGUUUGGUUUCUACAUCCCCAGGAGGUUCCUGUGCCAGCACCCUCCAUGCACUACUCAGGUGGACUGCUACAUCUCCAGGCCCACUGAGAAGACUGUAAUGCUCAACUUCAUGCUCGGUGCAGCUGCUCUGUCCCUUUUUCUAAAUGUGCUGGAUUUCAUCUGUGCCAUCAAGCGCUCUGUGAGGCAGAAGGGCAAGAGGAAGAUGAUAGUGGAGAAGAUAUAUGAGGAGCAAAGUUUCCUUUCAGCUGGGGAAGCCUCCAGGGGUAUAGAUCCAAAUGCCUCCCUGACUCAACAGGAUCCAGAGGCAGAGGCUGCUCAAACAGGGAGUUUCCGGAAGAGGCGAGGCAGCAAGGGUUCUUGCGGAAAGGGAACAUUUGCUCUAGGUCAGGAGGCACCCUCUCUGGAGCGCUCCUCUCUACCUCAUUCUCCAGGACCUCUGGGCUGCAACACCAAUGGAAACAACGGCUGCUCCGCUUCCCAAGAGGAGGCUUUGGAGAGGGAUGGCAGUGAGCUGGCUCUCUGUCCCCCAGAGCCCGUGGGCACACCCAGAUCCAUUCGUGUUAGUAAACGCAGCAGACUCAAGCCACCGCCUCCGCCCAGACGGGACCUUGGGUUGCUCCCUGGGGUGUUAGCAGGGCCCACCGGGGAUGUUUCCACAGCAACAGCAGUCUGCACCAGGAGGGUGGGUCAGUACACGCUGGUUGAAUUAGGUAGCGGUGCAGAGCUCCAGACCAAUGAUGAAGGGCAGGAGAAAAGAUCUGAGUGGGUAUGACUCUAGAAGGUUGGGUUGCUUUAUUUCUGGGUUAUUUUGGAACAUAAGACUGGGGUAAAUAGAUAUGAGAGCCAUAUGAGAAAGAGAUACCCCAAGGGUUAGACAGUGGGAACAACUGUUGGAGCCAUGCAGUGCUCUCUACCUCAUUUUACAAUGCAGACUGCACUGUCAGUUAAGGAGAAUCCAAGCCAGCAAUACAUUCACUAGAUGCUGCAGAAUCAUGAGGGGUAAGCAUAUUUACUUUGAUUUUGUCACGCCAUCAGAUCACAUUGCCUUUGAAGAGCGUGCAUUUUUUACCCCUGUGAUGCAAAGUGACAGGAAUUCAAGAAGUGAAAAGAAACUCUCUUAACAAAACAAGUCAGGAACGAAAGGACACAUUAGCCUUUAGCGUCCUUGGGCAAACCUCAACCUUGAGAAAAUCUAAAAGAGUGCAACCCACCUGUUUCUUGCUGUGUUGGCUUUACCCCCACCUCCGUUGACACACUGUCCAUAAACAAAGGCAGGCCUUGACCUAUCCCACAUAUACAACCCCUUAACCCCCACCACAGCCAUUCUAUAUGAUACCACCAUCAAACUCCUCCAUUGU